AUGCCCAAAAAAAAGAAACUGUUCGGCUUUGCUGCCGAAUGGGAGAACAUUCCCAGAGUGCGAGCUCGCUUUCGGAGGCAGACGGCAUGGCUUAAGCUCUCGAAGAAUGAUGAGGGAGAUGAUGUUGUGCGCUCGACAAAAACAUUGUCGAUGAACGCAGAGGUCUCGGCCCUCUUUGAAAAGGUUGGCUACAUCCCGGAGUCUGGGAAAGAGUGCGAGAAU